ACAUUACGAUUUUCGGCGUCUUUAGGUCGAGCCAAGUUCGGAACACGGAAAUUUCUCAGGAAAUUUAUUAAUCGUUUUAAGCGGAAGCUAUUAGUUGAAGUUCUUAUAUUAAAGUUUUCCUUUGUGCUACCAUUGCAGUAACUUUCUAUCGAAAUGGCUCUAGCGAAACCAAAAUCGGAACUGACCCCGGAAGAGUUGGCCCGCCAGGAGGAAGAGGAAUUCAACACAGGACCCCUUUCGGUGCUGACCACAUCGGUUAAGAACAACACCCAGGUACUGAUAAAUUGCCGCAACAACAAAAAGCUGCUGGGUCGCGUCAAAGCCUUCGAUCGGCACUGCAACAUGGUUCUGGAAAAUGUUAAGGAAAUGUGGACGGAGGUUCCCCGAACCGGCAAGGGUAAGAAGAAGGUUAAACCCGUCAACAAGGAUCGAUUCAUUUCGAAGAUGUUCCUUCGGGGCGAUUCGGUUAUUUUGGUCCUGAGAAAUCCACAGGCAACGGCUGCCGGAAAGUAAAUCAAGUUCAUUACGGUUCGAAUGAAUGUGUAAUUAGAUGUAAGCUUUUAUAUUUAAUGAUUUCCUUUUCCUGAAUAAUUAAAUAAACUGAACUGAAACAAA